GCAGACUCCAUCCGCAUCCCUCCCAGCCCAAGACUCUAGUUAACGUUAAUCGCGAAGCCAUGGUCCUUAAGCUGUACGGCAACCCGAUCUCGACGUGCACGCGCCGCGUCGCGACGGUGUGCAAGGAGCUCGACAUACCGUACGAGCUCAUCUCCAUCGACUUUGCCAAGGGCGAGCACAAGUCCCCCGCUUUCCUCGAGAAGCAGCCCUUCGGCCAGGUGCCCUACAUCGACGACGACGGCUUCGUCCUCUUCGAGUCGCGCGCCAUCGCGCGUUAUCUCGCGGCGAAGGCCGGCUCGCCGCUCCUCCCAACGAACCUGAAGGACCUCGCGCGCUUUGAGCAGGCCGCGUCCAUCGAGCAGGCCAACUUCGACCCCUUCGCGAGCGGCAUCGCGUUCGAGAAGGUCUUCAAGGGCUUCCGCGGGCUCGCCACCGACGACGCGCGCGUCGCCGAGUACGCGACUGCGCUCGAGGGCAAGCUCGACGCGUACGAGAAGAUCCUGAGUAAGCAGAAGUACCUCGCUGGUGAUAACAUCAGCCUCGCGGACCUCUUCCACCUCCCGUACGGCUCCAUGCUUGCCCCCGUCGGCUUCAACUUCCUCGAGGACGCAGCCAAGCGGCCCAACGUCGCCCGCUGGUGGAAGGACAUCUCCAGCCGGCCCAGCUGGCAGACCGUCAAGGACCGCGCGUGAGGGGUGGUGGCAAAAGAAAAGGCAUACAGUAUUGGACUGUUGUAAGCUUAUAAGAUAGUGGUAAUGAAAUUCGGUUGUCAGUCC